AGCUGAUGCUGGUGAGCCUGGUGGUGGCGGCCGAAGGAGCCAAGCUGAGGGCCGGUCAGCAGUCGCCAAGGGGAGCUGCCGACGCCGGCGGUGGGCAGUUCCUGGCUGGGCCAGUUCAACCAACUUACUCUGGAACAGGAGGGAACAAUCCAGCUUACUCAGGUCCUGCCUCACCUCCAGUGGCCAUCCUCUCUUAUUCCAACCAGCCAGUCGUCGGCGAUGGGACCUACGCUUACAAUUUCCAGGGAGAAAAUGGAAUCCAGGCUCAAGAGACUGGAAGCGUUGCUGGUCCAGAAGCUGGAACUUCUGCCCAAGGAACAUAUUCUUACGUUUCCCCUGAAGGACAAACAAUAGUAUUGUCUUACUCAGCAGGCGAAGGGGGUUUCAUUGCUCAGGGCGACCACAUUCCUGUACCACCUCCAGUACCUCAGCAGAUCCUGGAUGCACUCGCCAAGAACGCUGCUGAUGAAGCUGCUGGAAUCUUUGAUGAUGGGAAGUACCGUGGUGAAAAAGCCUGA